UGCUAGCCCUGCAGCUUCAGGACACAUCACUCUGUUUUGCAACAACAAAAAAAAAAAAAGGAGAACUUCAUGGUUGAUCACUUAAGACUGCUGCCAGACUCGACCAGGAAACUCAUUUUUUGCUCACCCCCACUUGGACUGGCAGCUUUCUCCAGUUCUCUAGUGGAUACAAGACAUUUAACUUCCUUUUUUCCCAUUAAAAGGAAAUCGGGCCAUACUCCUGGGCUUACUCCUCACCACUUUACUGGGUCAUUUUCUUUUUUAAAAAUUUUCCCACUUUGAGCUUUGUUGCUGAUAUGAUCCAGAGUAGCAUGUCAGGAGACACCUUGUAGGAGUUCUUCUGUGCUUUACUGCCUUGCUGUUUCUCGUGGAACUGUUCGGUACUCUCGCAGGACUAGUUAGUGAGUUAAGUAUCAGCAGUAACAGUGGGGUCAGUCAGGUGUUUGGGAGGUCACGGAGGUAGUGGAGCUGGAUGUAUGAGAAGGAUUCAUGGGCCUGAAGGACCAUCUGGAGGAUGGGACAGGCCACAUCCUCAGCCCAGGGCUGGAUCUGGACUACCUACACGUGGAAGGUGCUGAACGGCAGGCUGGGAAUUUAGGAGCGGGUGUCACUGUUAAAAGCAGCAAUACUGUUGGUAGCAGAGGCAUUAGCUCUAUCAUUCAUUCAAGCAGCAGUAGCAGUUGCAGUAACUUUUCUGAAGAGAGUGCUAUCUCUGACAGUGAAGAUGAAAGGCUCCAGACUGGGCCUGGUUCUGACUCUAAAACACCGCACCACGAUCAGCUUCACCUACACCAAAGGGAGGAGUCCUCAGUCUUUCAGCCAGUCAGGCUGGACCUGGCACCAAAUGCGUCUCCUGGAGACCCCCCGGAAACAUUUUUGACUGACCCCAUCACACACUGCCGCACAAAGGUGGAGUUUGCUCUCAAACUAGGCUACCCCGAAGAGCUAGUGUUGCUGGUCCUGAGGAAACUAGGCCCUGACGCACUUAUCAAUGAUAUACUGGGAGAGCUGGUUAAACUGGGAACCAAAAUAGAGAUGGAUCAGCAAGGAGGUCAAGCUGUCUCACAGCCUCCGUCGUCCUCUUUGUCCUCCUCGGUGGCCUCCACCUCCAACUCCUCUCUGGAUUCUUCUCGGCUACUGUGUCCGUCCCACCUGCUAGAAGACAAAGAAAACCUGCGACCUGUUGUUGUGGAUGGAAGCAAUGUAGCCAUGAGUCAUGGAAACAAGGAAGUUUUUUCCUGCCAAGGUAUCAAGCUAGCAGUUGAUUGGUUCUUGGAGCGAGGCCACCGUGACAUCACAGUUUUUGUCCCUGCUUGGAGAAAGGAGCAGUCGCGACCUGAUGCUCUUAUCACAGACCAAGAGAUCCUGCGGCGUCUGGAGAAAGAAAAGAUCUUGGUUUUCACUCCAUCGCGACGUGUUCAGGGACGUCGUGUGGUUUGCUACGAUGACAGAUUCAUCGUCAAACUGGCCUACGAGUCAGACGGUAUAAUUGUUUCAAACGACAACUACCGUGACUUAGCGAAUGAAAAGCCAGAGUGGAAGAAAUUUAUAGAUGAGCGCCUGCUGAUGUACUCGUUUGUAAAUGACAAAUUCAUGCCACCUGAUGACCCGCUGGGACGCCAUGGACCUAGUCUUGAGAAUUUCUUGAGAAAGAGGCCUGUUAUUCCUGAGCAUAGAAAGCAGCCAUGUCCUUAUGGAAAAAAGUGCACAUAUGGCCACAAGUGCAAGUUUUAUCACCCUGAAAGGGGUAGUCAGCCCCAGCGAGCUGUGGCAGAUGAACUCCGUGCCAGUGCCAAAAUUUCAUCAGUAGCUUCAAGAGGCCUGCUGGAACAUGCCCUGAUGGCGAAGAGCCAAAAAAAUGGUCAAUCAGAAGGAAUGGCUGAAGCCCAGCUGAUUCGGGAUACCGGAAAAAAACAGCCAAAUCGGAGCCUUCAGAGCUCCUUCAGUGAGCUCUUGGAGGACAAACCUCAAGUCAGUUCCAAAGUGGAGGAACAGAGGAGAAACAGCAGCAGUAGUGGCAGCUGUAGCAAUAACAUUGUAGGACAUCCUGCUCCAGGGGGACCGCCUUCAUCGGGACAUCUGGAAAGAUGGGAACACCCUGACGGAAGUACUGGAGGCAGCGCCAGUAUUGCCGGGGCUUCAGGACCAAACAAAGUCGAAUCUUAUUACAGAUGCAGUUCUCCAGAGGUGGGCUACAACUCUCUGGUAAAGGCUUAUUCAGGACUCAGUCUUGUAGUGCCACAGACUCCUGAAUGCUUCUUUCCAGGUGAGCUCCGCACAAGUUCACUGGCUUCAGAUUGUAGCAGUGAAGGCAGUGUCAGCUCAGAUUCUUUCUCUCCUGACCCCGUGUUAGAUGAUAGCCCCAAGUGCCAUCACCAUCAUCCACACCACCAUCAUCGUCACUACUCUGGCCAGUACCCCCACCAGGCAAGCCGUGUGUCUCCUAGACUGAGCCAGCAUUCUCCUCGUGGCUAUGUCCAUCCUCAAGGACUUUGGAGACAACGUGAUUUUGGCAUAGAAGAUACUCCAGCAUCCGUCACCUCUCACGUUUCGCCACGUCACGUCAACACCGCUUCCGUCUACAUCCAACCCCAGCAACAGCUACAGCUGCUCACCAAUUUUCCAGGGGACCCACCUCAUCCACAACAUCCACCCCAAACACCCACUGCUCACGCCCGGUCUCAGAGCUUCCCUCGCAGCCACAAUACGGUGGGCUCCCUUUGGCCGGAACACGGGCUUCAGGACAGAGUGUGUGAAGGUUCACCAGUUCAUUCUAGAAGAAACUACUCUGUGCUAACCCAACAACCUCAGCACCAGCAGAACUGGGACCCUAAUUAUGAGCCACCCCCUAAGCCUUACUAUGAUCUGUUUUCCUAUAAGAGUUUUCCACAAGUCCAUGGACACUCUCCUUGGGGCCAGCAAGUUCAUUCAUCACCACAUGGCCUUUUAAUACCAGGUCUUCCAUCGCUUUCGCAGCAGUCUCUUCCAUCUGUCCCUACCCACAAGAGCCACAUGCCCUCAGCAACCCAGCACGCAAAGCCAACUGCCUUGGGUCGAUACCAGGACCUUAGGGAGAGGGUGUUUGUUAACUUGUGCGGCAUCUUCCCUCCAGAUUUGGUGAGGAUGGUAAUGACCAGGAACCCACACGUGACGGAUGCUCAAGAGCUUGCAGCUGCCAUUUUAAUGGAGAAGUCACAGCACAGUUCUUGAAUAAAGACAGUCAAGUUUUCAUCUUAACUAAACUCGUAUUUGCGGGUAUAUCCUCUGUAAGCUUAAUAAAAAAGUCAGGUUGGGCAUACAGAAACCAAAAUCACAAGAUACGAGACUCCUUCAGCUGUUAACACACUGCCUUUUUGAACUCAUUUAUUUUAAUGCUAUUAUUGUACAGGGAAAUACCAAAAUUGAACGUAACAUAGGAAAAGGUAGGGGUGCAUUUGCAUGUUUCAUCUUUUUUUGGUUAUGAGUCAAAACAGCACUGUAUUUAGGGAAGCUUUUAAGGUGUUUCAAGGGUGGCAGUAUUGUUGAUUUUAAACUUAUUUAUUUGUUACAUUUAAGUUAUUUAUAUAAUUUUAACAUGAUUUUAGUUUUGUGGCACUUUUUGUUCAUUUUUCUUGCUUUCUUUAGAUCAUUUCUUUUGGCAAUCAUAUCAGGGUAUAAUUAUAGCCGUUUGCGCUGUUUCUCUGUUUCUUAUUUUUUUUUAGUCACUGAGAUGACAACAUCGGGUAUGUAGCUCUAACAUUUUCAGCAUUAAUGUGGCACGCACGUAUUUGCCACAUUGCAAAUAUAGCCCGACCAUAGUUGACGCUCAAGUAAGCCCAACAAACGGCUUUCUUUCUGUGCUGACAGGUGGCAGAUCAGUUGUUGCAAGAUUUUGUGGAUUUCCCCCAACAAGGAAGUGAAACUCAACCAGCACCCACAAAAGAAGAUAGCAAAAACUCCACUUGAAAACCCCAAGCUGUUGUUCACUUUUGAAUGAGAGUUAUUUCCUCUGUUAGGAUAGCCCUGUCAGCUGACUUCACGGUUCAUCACGCGCUGUUCCUUUCCAUCGCUAAACAAUAUCAGUGUGCUAAAUCAGGUUCAAAGUGUGGCAACUGGAAAUGUUUAUGAGGAACACAGAUUGUUGGUAUUGUUUUAAUUUAAAUUAUGUGUUAAUUUAUUAUCCUUAACGUGUGUGAAUGUGAGACAUGGGGUCUUCUUUAUCAGUGGUGGAGGGUUUAUCUGCCUCUAAUGCUUUUCAUACAGUUGUGUUAACUGCACAGAGAUCCACAGUUUUGUUUUUUUUUAGUUUAUGGGAUAUUGAAAACAAACAGGCAAGCACCGGGUAAAAAUCAUAACCUUAAAAUCACUACAUCACCACUAAACUACAUGUUGGACCAUGGUAGUUUUUAAUAACUUCAACUGAUCCUGACCAUCACAGACCUCCUGAAAUGUCAGCAGGGCUUGCAUAGGUUUCCAGUGGUUGUUCAGCUAUUUAAGCAUCAUUUGUCAGUCUAAAAUAAGUUAUCCUUACUUUUUUAACCAUAUUUUUUAUUUAUAUAUUUAUACUCAUAAUUUUGCAGUGCCCAAGGUGACUUCUGCGAAUUGCCUGUUUUCUCCCAAAAAUCGGGGGGCGGGGGGGAUUUAAAAUAUAUUUUUAGUGUUUUAAAAUUAUUUUUAAGUUGUGUCUUCUUAAUGCAGCUUGAUUGGAGCUGUGUGUUUUUGAAUGAAAUUACGAUAAUUUAUUUUUACUAUCUCUGCCAGUGAGGUUAUUUUUAUUACCUGAGGAACUGUUUGGAAAGCUAACUCUCUCGCCUGGUUAGCUUAAUUUCAAGUAGCCCAAUGACACCUCUCUUAGUUGAUACAAAUUGUAUCCUAUAAGGUUAAAAAAACAUUGUUUUAUAUGAAAAUGUGAGAACAAGUUUUCAGUUGAAUAUUUUUAUGUGGCAAAAUAUGUCGCCCGUGGUAGUUCGGCUGUAAGGGGGAUUCUUGUUCCCUGUUUCCGAGUGCAGUAAAGUCUCAAGCGCACUUUUUGGAUAUAGUUGUGUGUAUUGUCUGUGAACUGAAAGCAAGGUGGAGUUUAGCUCAGAAAUGAUUAAACCUCUAACACUGGUUGGCUAGAGGCUAAGUUGGCACACGCUCAUAAAACAGUAAAAGUGAUCAGGGUUAAAUGUGUUAUAACAGAAAGAGCUUGUUAAAGUUGUUUUGUGAUGUGAUUGGCCGUUAUUAAAGUUUCCUAGCAUCACACUCCAUGGGAGAAGCAAACGCUGUAGCUAGCUUGAAUGUUCCAAAUGUUUCUUAAACACUUUACAGAAAAUGUAUUUAUUUAUUUCUGUGGAGCUUUCUAACAUCAAGAAACUUUAUUCUCAAAACCUGGACAGUCAUAUGCAAGGCAUGAACAAAUGCGAGUAACAGUCUGUCAGUUUUUUUUACAUUUUUUUCUCUUAUCAUUACAUUGUUAUCCGCUAUGAUGCUAAAGGCUAAGUCUGUCGUAACCCUGCUAGUCUGGCACUAUGUGCUAGUGUUUGCUAAAUGGGUUAAGACACCCUGCAGGGGUGUCGAACUCCAGGCCUCGAGGGCCGGUGUCCUGCAGGUUUUAGAUCUCACCCUGGGUCAACACACCUGAAUCAAAUCAUUAGUUCAUUACCAGGCCUUUGGAGAACUUCAAGACACGUUGAGGAGGUCAUUUAGCCAUUUAAAUCAGCUGUGUUGGAUCAAGGACACAUCUAAAACCUGCAGGACACCGGCCUCGAGGCCUGGAGUUAGACACCUGUGCCCUACAGUAUAAUUUAACAAACUUCUAAAGUUAUUGUGUUUACAUUCUGAUAAAUAUUAACAACUUUAUUCAGUGUACAAAUGCAUAUUUUUCUAUUGCUACAAACUUUUUUAAAAAGGUAUUUUUCUAAAUGUUUUUUUUUUCUCAAAAAAAAAAAAAAAUCCUACUAUGUGUUGCUAGAUAACGGGAUAAAUCAUGUCCUGACAUCAUGCUGUGAAUGGAUUUCUUCUUAGCUGUUGCUUGAAAAAGUGAAUUCUGACUGAACAUGAAGCAAAUUUCUGUCUUGAAUUUUAUACUUAAAUUUAAGUAUAGCUAAUGUGCUGACUACAUAGAUGUAAAUGUUCAUUAGCUAGCAACAUACAGGCCACAUUUGGACUGACCACAGUUAAUUCUCUUCUUUUUUCCUUCUUAUGCAUAUGUCCAUUUUAAUUCUGUCUCUUAGCAGUCAUCAAAAAGAAGAACCUGGCUCUCAAGAAUCCUGAAUUUAAAUAUGUUGGAGAAUUCUGCAACAACUAAGCUGGUUCAUAUCAGUUCAUGGGGAAAAGAUCUGAAAUGAUAGACAGUAUGAGAGAUGGACCUAGCCACUGUGACGUCAAGCAUUGAUUAGCAAAACCCCAUUGAAAAGCACAAGCGUUUUCUUGCACCAUCUUAGUGUUUUGAAUCUGGGCUCGACAACUAGCAUAUCCUGGAUUAUCAUUACUGUAAUAAAGUACUUUAAGCUGCCCUGUUAUUUCUGAAAGGGUCAUCUUAGCAAAUUGAUCUGUGUGCUCAGUUUGGCACAGAUUUUAUGACUGAUUUUUCCUGAUUAUUAAGGCUUAGGACUUGCACAAGGAGUACACAAUGUUGUGACCCCCUUGAGGCUCAGGUUGUGUCUCCUCCCAGUAUCAAACUAGGAUCUUUCACAUGUAAGGCAAAUAUACUAACCAUUGCACUAAUGACAUUUUAUUAAAUAUGACUUGAAACAACUGAGAUGUUAAAUUAAUCAGAAAAAGUUCCCUGAGGACACAAAGCAAGGGAACCAGCCCUCUACUGAAGUUUUGCAGUCAUGUGACCGCUAACCAAAUGGUAUUAACUUUUCUGCCAUUUUGGAUAUGACAAUCAUGGUGACAAUUUUACCAUCAAUUAUAACCAUGAUUAGUCCCAAUUUUGACUCUCUAGGCCCGGUCACACAGUCCUUAGAACUGGUCUGCAACUUCUGGCAACCACAGGUUGUAUGGGAACAAUGAGUAGUCCUUGACCAGUUGGCAAGUAGCUUCUGAAGGAGGAUGGAAAUGAAUUGCUAAAGCCCCAGUCACACAGGCCUAGAGAUCAGCAAGUAAUACCAGGGAAAAAUAAAUAUUCCACCACCGGCUCUUGAAAACCUCCUUGCGACUGCUUUGGUUGCUAGCAGGUUGGUAGCAGUAUGCAUGGAGCACACCAACCUCGGUUGCAGUUUUGCUAUGCCAUAGGUGGUAGUUAGCAUUUUCCCUGCAAAGUACAGAUGAUAGCACCAAUCAAAGCAAUAAUAAUAGAUUUGUCUGUGUGUAGUGAACUCAGAUUUGCCUCCUGUUCAGUCUGAAUGCGCUUUAUUUGCAUUUUGAAUUUGCAUGUGGGGUUUGUAUUAACAGAUGACGAGCCACUUGUCAUUUGUUGCUCAGUUGACUAAAAUCAUGAUGUGUGUUUGUAUUUUAUUAGGUGUUUUAUCGAUAGGAAAAAUGUAAAAUGCCAACAGUCCCUGUUUAUCACAGUUUAUUCACGUUUAUUUUUAAUGUGCUUUAAUACAACUUCAUUUCUGCUACAGAAAUGAGUAAGUGCCAUCUCUUCAGGGACCACAGCCAAGGAAAAGGCUGUUUGUUGCUCAUCUCUUGGGCCAGUGGUGCUUAUAUUAAACCAAAAUUAAAAAGGGAAAUAAAGGUGUUAGACCAUGGCUGCUGUUUCACUGUAUAUUCUGCUAGGAAAUAAAGUGGUUCUUUCUA